UCUCUCUCUCUCUCAUUUCCUUAUUUGCUAAUUAGUUGUAGGGUUUUUCGUAAUUGAAUUCCAUCCACUUGUACGAUCUCGUUGUUGUUGUUGUAUGCACAAAAAUAAAAAUUGAACUCUUUUGAUUUCUUUAAUAAGAUGGUUCCUUUCCGUUAUUAUUAUUAGCUUAGGAAAAUACUGUUUUUUAAGUUUCAUUGGAAUUUAUGGGAUUUACCUGAAUAAGAGUUGAGUGGAUGAUCCGAACUAAUUUGGGGUUUGGGGUUUAGUUGAUUGUUUGAAUUUCUGGGUGUUUUUUUUUUUUCGGCUUUUGAUUGAUCAGAUUAGUUUUGCUGCUGCAAGGAAAAAUUUGUAUUUUACUCUGGAGUCUGGAAAUUCUUCAGUUUCUAGGCUGGCCCUUGCUUAGUGUUUUUGAUGUUUUGCGAAUUCAAGAUGGGUCUUUUUCUCUUUGUAGCACCUUUACUUUCUUGAAAGGGAAAAGAAACUAUUUUUGAAGUUGGGAUACCAAAAGCUUGAGCUCAAGGAUGUAUAAAUCCAUCGUUCCAAUCGAUGAUUCUGAUGCGGGCUUCAUGUCGUGUAGCCAGGGACGACACGGUUAUUGGCUGAAGCACUGAUGGCACUUACUCCUACAUCAUCUUUUGGAUUGUCACCAGAGCCCUUGGAACAAAGUGGGAAGCAGAUGGCAAACACAAAUGGAAAAGCACUAACACCUCUCUCCCUGCAAAGCCCAAAUUCUUCACAGGGACCGGUGGCAAUUCUUUGGGACAUUGAGAACUGUCCUGUUCCAAGUGAUGUACGCCCUGAAGAUGUGGCUGGCAACAUCAGAAUGACUCUGCGGGUUCAUCCUGUGAUCAAAGGAGCAGUUACACUGUUUUCUGCCUAUGGAGAUUUUAAUUCUUUCCCCAGGCGAUUAAGAGAGGGAUGCCAGAGAACUGGUGUUAAACUUAUAGACGUCCCCAAUGGCAGGAAGGAUGCAGCUGACAAGGCCAUUUUGGUUGACAUGUUUCUUUUUGCUCUUGACAAUCCUCCACCCUCGUCCAUUAUGCUAAUAUCAGGAGAUGUUGAUUUUGCUCCUGCACUACACAUUCUCGGUCAACGCGGAUACACUGUGAUCCUUGUCAUUCCUUCAGGGGUUGGAGUUUCGUCAGCUCUAUGUAAUGCGGGCAGGUUUGUAUGGGACUGGCCAAGUGUCGCUCGAGGCGAAGGUUUUGUGCCUCCUGCAAAGGCCUUAACACCUUGUCGUGGUGGUGUCUCAGACAUUGCUGGGAUGCUAAUGGGUUGUUGCCAGAUUAAUGACACCCCAGAUGGUCUGCAUGAUGAUGAAGCUAUAGUGUAUAGGGGCCUCUCACAGAGCUACUAUAAUGCAAGGGAAUUCUCAAUGAUAUCGCAUUCUCUGGCUGAAUAUAAUACCUCUUCAAUUUCCAUGCCAUGUUAUCCUACAGGUAUGAGAACUCAUAGUCUUGCUUCUGGUUCAAAUGAAUUUUCACUUGGAGGUCCAUCUUCACAUGACCAGAGUGACUUGAUAUGGGUACAGCCUGGGGAUAUAAAUGGUUUGAAGGGGCAGCUAGUGAAGUUGCUUGAAUUAUCUGGCGGCUGCUUGCCUCUUACACGUGUUCCUGCAGAAUACCAGAAAAUUUAUGGGAGGCCCCUUUACAUUUCAGAAUAUGGUGCAGCUAAGCUCGUGAAUCUUCUCAAGAAGAUGAGUGAUGCAAUAUCUGUCGGGGGGAAAGGCCACAAGAAGUUUGUCUACCUCCAUAAUUCAUGUGCAGUACCAAGUGCUCCCCCCUUAACUAUAUUAAAAAGAGAUAGUAAAGGAAAAGGAACACAGGAGGGAAAUGCCGAUAUUGUGACUGGAGCUGGAUCUUCAGAUGAGUUCUCUGAUGAUGAAAGAGGACUCACAAAAGAGCGUGGGGGGGAGCUGUGAAAAAUCUGAUAUGAGUGCAAUAAUUGAAAAAAGCCUUGAAAAUUUCAAGUAUGAACUUCAAGAGAUACUUGUUAGCUACUCUUGCCGGAUUUUUCUUGGUUGUUUUGAGGCAAUAUAUCAACAAAGGUACAAGAGGCAAUUAGACUACGAGAGCUUUGGAGUGGUUGAACUUGAGCAACUUCUAGCAAAGGUGAAAGAUGUAGCGAUUGUCCAAGAGGAGCCAGUUAGCAAGAAGAAGUUUCUGGCCGCUGUUGGUGCCUAGAAGUGUGUUAUUUCUUGGCUUUUCACUAUCUUAACUUCCUUGGGACUUAUGAUGAGAAGUUCCUAUGUAACACCGGAACAAUGGGAGAUCUCUCUGUAUAUUUGCCUCUCGUUGCUUUCAUCUAAUACAUGCUAGAAGGUGUAAAUUAUUCAAGCUGGUUUGCGCAAGAGGUGCUUCUUUUCCUCAUCAUGGUACAUGUCCAUAAAUAAUGGAAGCAAAAUUUGUUUUUCUAUGAAUUGCUCUUUUUGCCGUUUAGUAACUUGGGUCUGAAUUCUGCUUCUAAAUUCAGUGAUAGGCAUAUCUCUUCCCCAAUUCCUUACCCAAGUCUAUGGAACUAGUCAAAGUUUUCCGGAAGUAUAUUUGCUUUGGGAAAACUCUCUUUGGCUCAUUUCAUGGUUCUUCAAAACUCUUUGCUGCAAAGAGUCUAUUAUCAAAGUUGAGCAAUCUGGCUCUUUGGUAUUGAAACCUUUUGAGUAAAUUGAGUUAGGUUCAAGUUAACUAUGACUGGGCUUCUGUCCUUAUUUUAUUUUCAAGAGUUUCUGUCAAAUAUAUUAUUUUUGUUGUUAGUUUAUCUAGACAGAAAAGAAUGAUAUCUUACCAGUUUGAUCGAGUCAAUUUGGUAAGAGUAGUGAAAAUCUACCCUUUUGUCAAGGUUCUUAAGCUUAGCAAGGGAAAAGAGUCAAGAACCAUGCCUAGUUUGCUCCAAAAAGCUCUUGGUAAAUUUUUGCAAGUCUAUCUGCUACAUGACCCUAGAUAGGAAGUUUGGAGGUUGACAAAUGGGUAGAAGGGUAGUAGGUAGCCGAGUGUUUUCGUAGUUUUAUGUGGGAAGAGGCAGGGCUAGUGUCCUCUACUUAUCUUCUCCUUGUUGAAUAGUAUUUGCAUAGUAUCUUAUUCUUCAUUUCUUUCUAUUAUUGUUGCUUCAUUUACUUUGUAUAUCAUGCUGUUUUGCUGUUGUUAUCUCCCUUUAGUCCUGCUUUGAUUACUUCCUUUGAGGUGGGGUCUACCGGAAACAGUCUCUCUACCCAAAAAUUUGGGGUAAAGUCCGCGUACAUCCUGCCCUCCUCAGACCCCACUUGUGGGAUAUCAGUCUAUGUGCUGACACUUAGCUACUCUUUCUUUCUAAUAUAGGGGUCUAUCUAGUUGGAUUAAGCUACUCUCUCAGGUAUUUGCCAUAUAUUGAAAGGUCAAUGAGAAUGGAGCUGCCAAAUCAAAUUACAACAUUUGUGAGGCAUAUAAUCUAUAUUUCCAUUUUUAAUUGUUACAUUUAAUUGCUGAGCACUAUGAAAGGACAAUUGUGGAUGUAUUCACAUUUUAAGGAGAGAAGCAAGCUUCCAUGACAGAAAGCAAAAGCAAUACAUGCUGGUAGUGUAUCUGAAGUUACAGCUGCAUGCCAAGUUUAUAAUAUGUUCCAGCAUAUCUUAUUACUUAGUUUUAUUUUUUGGUGUUGCUUUCUUAGUUACGUCUGAUCUGGCAGAUCUUAUUCUUAGGCGGAUCAUAUUCUUAGUAGUAUUACUUUUUAGUGCUAAUUUCUUAGUUGCAUCUGACAAUUUCGUCUUAUCUAUCAUGGUAUUUCCAGCUUGAGCCCUAUGUACCGAAUGGAUGUUGAAGUUAAAGAAGGCCCACUCCAUGCAAAAGCUGCCAUAAUGGUGUCAAUUAUGGCUGGCAAGACUUGCAAGCUGGUCACUUCUUUCAAUAUGUUUAUGGUCUGUGUACCAAAUUGAAGCUCCUGCAGAAAUUUGUGAUGGCAAAGAUAGUAAACUUCCGAUUGGAUAGUGUAAGGGAUAAAGGAUACAGGUCCCAUAUGUGAUCGAUGGCCUUAUUUUACUGUUAUCCAAAAUGAGCUUUAAGUGCAAGUUGGGCAGCUAUAAAGGAUUGAAUCUGGUCGUGUGAACCACAUCUAAAUGGGUGGAGAUGUGCAACGAGCAUGACUAUAACCAAACUCAGUUGGAUGUCAGCAGCAAUAGUAUAUAGUCGUAGGGUCCAUAUGAUCAUGUCAUAUACUGUAACUUGGAACAGUCGGUCAAGGACUUGAGUCAAUAUGCACUUUGAUGUUGCUCCUUGAGGUGUAAAGUUUGUCAUGAAUCUCCAACUGUGUUCAUCCUUUGGAUUGUUUCAUUCUGUGGAAAAUGGUGGCAAUAGUUUAAAUCACGCAGUUUGGGUAUUUAAGCUAUACGUGGGCUAGGAGCACUUGCUCCAUGUAACAGAUACUUGCCACAUGCAGAAGCGUCUUAGAGGGGGCUUUGAAAGAAAUUUCUUCCCAAAGGUUCUUCUUCAAGGAAUGUCAUUCAACAGCUUCUGUUGCUGUUUGUCAACAUUAGCUUUGGAGCUAUUUGUUUGCUGCUUUGUGAAACAUUUGUUCUGUAAGUUGGAUGAUUCUAUGUAAUUGAUUGGAUGGAUUUUUGCAUCUUCUCAUAGAUGUUGGGUUGUCAGGAAAUUUUCAUAUGGUCAGUAUUUCUUAGACUGGUUUCUUCCUCCCUCCAGCCUUGGCAAGUUUAUUUCGUAUAUAGCAUGGCUGAUACUAAUGGCUUAUUUGUUUGGUUAGUAGCUUUGAAAACGCAUCAGGGUCACAUCUGAAUGGUUUUUUUUUUUUAAAGUGUAACUAUCAGUGGCUGAAUACGGUUCUCAAUUUAGUUACCUGAAUGCCCGUUGAUUCAGCUA